UUACCUGUAUAGGGAAACUUACACGAGAUUAUAGGUCUACACAGUCUCGUGUUUUAAGGGAUUUAAUUACUUCAGUCGUUUACGAGGAGAGAGGGUCUUCGGUGUUCGGUGGAUUCGUUAGAAUUAUUUUUUCACGAUUGAUUAUACAGAAAUAUUUUUGUUUAAUUAUUAGACGAAGUCCCUCUGUAUAUACCCCCCAAAAUGGAGUACUUGGGCCACACCCAAACAGCCACCUACAUGACAGGUCCCAGGCUUGGAGGCAGCAACCCACAGACCUUCCUGCCCAGCAUCAGCACCAUGCAAUCCUCCUACAAAUCCUACGAUACCUACCCCGCCCCCUCUCCCCUCAGAAGGUCCCUGACCACCCUGCCCUGGAGGCCAAGCACCUACUACCAGACCGCCAGGGUCAACCCCAGCUCUGCCCUCACAAGGAGUGUUCCCGAACCAUUCUCUGCCAAGAACCAGCUCUCUGACUUGGACAAUGUUAAAGUUCCCCCCGUCUUCGCCGCCGCCAGGAACGCUUUGUACACAAGAUACACCCCCAACGAUUGGAUGACCUCCAAUCAGGGUAACUACUUGGCCUCCGAUAGGGUGAGGAGCUUGGCCGAGCGACUGAGGCUGGACACAGUCCGUCUGUGCCGUGAAACAGACGACAAAACAAAGAGGACACAGAGUGAUGUCGGAAAGAGGCUCGGGGAGAGAUUAGGAGAUAUCCAGUUCUGGAAGACGGAGGUUCAACAUGAAACCGAUAAUAUGAUUACUGAGAUUAAUGCUCUGCAGGAGGCCAAGAGGGUGCUCGAGAAGUCCCUGGCCGAAACCGAGAACCCUCUCCAUAUCUCACAGGAGUGUCUGUACCACAGAGAGAAGAGACAGGCCAUUGAUUUGGUACACGACAACCCAGAGAGAGAACUCAUUAAGGAAGUUGAUAUCAUCAAACGAUGCCAGGAGAAGAUGAGGAACACCAUUGAGAGAGCUAAUGUCCAGCUUGGUCUGAAUAGAGCUGCUCAACAUGAUUUGGAGAGAGACUCCUCAGACAAAUUCAAUGCUCAGAACUUGGAUGAGCAAUGCUUUGGAAUGCGCAACCAGUCACGUGGUAUUGCGUUCCACAACGGUGUCCAGAGAAUUGAUAGAACCGUCUCCGUGCCAGAGAGCUGGGCCAAGUUCAGCAACGACAACAUCCAGCGAUCCCAGAGCGAGAGGGCCGCCUCCAAGCAGAUGAGGAACGAGAUCGAGAGCGUGCUCAACUCGUGCGCCAACGAGAUGUGGCAGGAGUGGAACUCUGUCAACGUGGCCCUCAACCAGAGAAUCCAGGAGACCACCGACGCCAGGAACAGACUCCAGACCCACCUGUCCAAGGUUCUCCAAGAGAUCUUCGAUAUGGAGAAGAACAUCGAACUGCUCAAGAAGGCCAUUCAGGAUAAACAGGCACCCAUGCAGGUGGCUCAGACUCGUCUGGACACCAGAAUCCGUCGUCCAAAUGUUGAGCUUUGCCGCGAUCCCGUACAGCACAGAUUGGUUGAAGAGGUUGGAGAGAUCUCCGAGACUGUUGAGUCAUUACAAGCCAAGCUCCGUAUGGCAGAAAACUCCCUCCAGGAACUUCUCCGUACCAAGGCCAGCCUAGAACAGGACCUCUCCAUAAAGAACAACAGUUUGUUCAUCGAUCGGGAAAAAUGUCUGGGCAUGCGCAAGACCUUCCCAAUGUCGCCACGUGUUGUCUCCGUUUAAGAAAACUCAUAUAGACUCACCAUGAAUCAAACUGUUUAAGGGGGAAAAAAUAUAUGAGAAAAUACUGAAACUGUUGAUUUAAGUUUUUUAUAUUUUGAAAAUGAGUAUGUAUAGCCUAUUUUAUCACAGUAAUAUAAGAUUACAUAUCAGUAUUAUAAAUAAUUUUUUUUUUCAGUAAGAGGCUGUGAUACUACAUUUUCGCAAUUUCGCAUUUCGUUGACUAGUUUUUUUUUUUUUUUUUUUUUAGAGUUUACACAUUGUUACAUGUUAAGUGCAAGUCUUGCUCUAAGUCAUUGAAAGCUUUUACUUAAAAAAGUGCAUAAUGAUGUCUCUAUUUAUAUCACCCACUCAGUAUUGUAUUGUGUGCAAAAGAAAGUUGAGAAGAAAAAAAAAUUUAUCUAGCUAUUUAUAAACAUAUCUUCCGUCCAAUAUGAGACUUGUUUUUUAUGGAUUGUAUAUUAUAUUUUAUACUUAUACUGUGAUAUCAGUCGGUGUCCUUUAACUCUAGAGAAAUGUUACAUAAAAACAACUUUUAAAUGUCUUGCUUUUGUGAUAUUAUUUAACUUAAUCAAUUUUGUCGUCAAGCAUGGCGACUUAUUAGGAAAGCAGUGAGCGAAGCCGCUUACUAAGCCAUCGCACCGUGUGAAUACACUUUUUUUCUUUAUUGUUUUAAAUAUCAUAGUGCUGUCAUGCUAUUUAUAUCGCUAUAUUGCCAUCAUUCUUCUGUAAUUAUUGUUUUUUGCUCAAAUGUGAUUUCGUAUGGUUGGACACUUUGAAAUAAAGUGAAUGCAGUGUG